AUGGUCGCCCUGUGUCUCUCCCCGCACCUUCACCCACGCACGCGGCGGAGGCGAUUCCUCUCCCUUAUCGCCAUCUUCGUCUUUGGCACUCUCUACCUCUGCUACGCCAAAUUCGACCAGAUGGCCGAGACCGCAAAGACAAUUAUGCCGCUCAAGACCCCCGAGGGCACUCCCGGCGGUGCCAGUCAGGCACAACAGCAACAAAGCCCACCGCAAAGCCAGGCACAGAGCGAGUCGCAUCCGAGCUUUGCUGAUUUGGCCUCGGAGGAGCAGAAGCCCAUGCCGCCCAUGUCGUACGGAACUUAUGCCCGCCCGCCGCUCAAGGAUCUCAAGGCGCUCGCGACGCUGCCCUCCAGCAAGCUCCCUACCACGUCCCCCUCCUCGCCGCGACUCAUUGUCAUUGGCGACGUACACGGACAGCUCAAGGAGCUCAAGGCACUCCUUGCCAAGGUUGAAUACUCAAAGGAGCGAGGCGAUCACGUCAUCUUUACCGGCGACCUGAUCAACAAGGGCCCCGACUCUUCGGGCGUCGUCCAGCUUGCCAUGGAUAUAGACGCCAGCGGCGUGCGCGGUAACCACGAAGACCGCAUUCUCCUGGCCUACACCAAUGCGAACUCGAGAAACGUGAUCGGUGCUAGCGGCAGCGGUGGCAAGAUUAGCGAUUUGAAGGGUAUCACUAGUGGCGAGGACGAUAUGGACGAGCCCUCGCUGGCGGGUCAGUCGGGAUCGCAGAGUGCGGAAUUGCAGGUUGCCCGGGCAUUGACCCAGGAGCAGCGGAACUGGCUCGCCGACCUCCCCGUUAUACUCAAAGUCGGACCCAUUGGCGGGUACGGCAACGUGGUGGUGGUUCACGCUGGUUUGGUGCCGGACGUGACGCUCGAGAAUCAGGACCCCUGGGCCGUGAUGCACAUGCGAACUCUUCUCUAUCCCGCUGAGCAGGUACGGCGCCAGCGGAUCAAGAAGGUGCUAGAGGACUACGCCUCGGAGCAGGCCAAGAAGCACGUCAACGUGCCCGACGAGGAGGUUGACAAGGAGCUGCAGAUUUCGCAGCAGCGCGGUGACGCUGCCAGUGACCACGACGUCUCGCUCCCUACCGAGGGACGCGACGGCAAAUCGUGGAGCGAGGCCUGGAACGAGAGUCAGAGCAAGAUCGCCUCCGAGUCGGAUAGGACGACGGUCGUGUACGGACACGACGCCAAGAAGGGCCUCAGCCUUCAAAAGUUUAGCUACGGCCUCGACAGCGGCUGCGUCAAGGGCGGCCAGCUGACCGCCAUGGUCUUUGAGCCCCAGAGCGGCAAGGUGGGCCACCGCAUUGUGAGUGUCGACUGUGAGGGCGUGGCAGGUCUGGACGAGAACGACAAUGUCAAGAGGCGGAAGAAGCGUGGUAGCGACGAUGACAAGGCCGAGAGGUGA